UUUGUCUAUUAUUCACCAUCUUCUAGACCAACAGCGUCACCGUCAUUAGUGGGUAACAAGGAUCGCUUUGGAGGAUUGUUGGAGGAGUAUAGCCGCCGUACAAGUCCUUCACCUAUGCAUCCCAUGGCUGUGCGUACAGCCACAGUAGAGUUGUCGCUGAAUCGCGGUGACGUGGUUCGUAUACGAAGAGACGUGGAUGCGAACUGGUUGGAAGGUGAACGUAACGGUCAAAGUGGCUUGUUUCCUCGGAGUUAUGUACAGGUGGGAACGAGAUUCAUCAUUUCGACGAAAGCUAUUUAUCCGUUCACAGCACGACGAGCUACUGAACUUUCACUCAAGAUGGGUGAAUUGGUUACUUUACGAAGAGAGAUCGACGAGAACUGGUUGGAAGGCACGAAUCAUCUCGGUGAAAUUGGAAUUUUUCCCAGAACGGUGGUGCUUACGAAAGUUUCGAUUUUCCAGAGCGUUCAGAAUGAACCGUUGGCAUACUCCUUUUAUUCUUCCAAAGCCGUUCAAAUCACCUCGCAUUUCAGUUAUCGUGCUCUCUAUCCAUACAGUCCUAUGAAGGACGAUGAGGUGGCGUUAGAAGUGAAUGACAUCAUUUUCGUCGUUGAAAAAUGCGAUGACGGCUGGUACAUUGGAACCGUUUUGCGAACCGGGCAGUUCGGUACCUUCCCAGGCAACUAUGUGGAAAGGCAUUAG